GGUAACCAGAAGAAAAGGAAGGAAGGGGAGAAAUUUUGCUGCUAUGAUUGCACUCCAUGUCCAGAAACGAAGAUUUCCAAUCAGCUGGAUAUGGAUGACUGUUUCACAUGCCCAGAAGAUCAAUUUCCAAGUAAGGAGAAAGAUGAAUGUUUGCCUAAAAUCAUAAACUUUCUUUCUUAUGAAGAACCUUUAGGAAUCACUUUAGCUUUCAUUGCUGUUUCUCUUUCCAUUAAUGCAGCCUUGGUGUUAGCAAUUUUCAUUAAGCACAGGGAUACCCCCAUUGUCAAAGCCAACAACCGAGGCCUCACCUAUACCCUCCUCAUCUCCCUCCUGCUCUGCUUCCUCUCUUCGUUGUUUUUCCUUGGAAAACCUGGACAAGUGACCUGCCUUCUCCGACAAACAGUGUUUGGCAUCAUCUUCUCAGUGGCUGUUUCUUGUGUAUUGGCCAAAACCAUCACUGUAGUGAUAGCUUUCAUGGCCACAAAGCCAGGAUCCAGCAUGAGGAAGUGGAUGGGGAAAAGACAGGGACAUUCUGUUGUUCUUUCCUGUUCCCUCAUUCAAGCAAGUAUUUGUACCUUGUGGUUGGCAACCUCUCCCCCUUUCCCUGAUUUAGACAUGCAUUCAGUAACAGGAGAAAUCAUUGUGCAAUGUAAUGAAGGGUCAGUCGCCAUGUUUUACUGUGUCUUGGGUUACACGGGCUUCUUGGCCUUUUCCAGCUUCACUGUGGCAUUCCUAGCCCGCAAGUUACCUGAUAGUUUUAAUGAAGCCAAGUUCAUUACAUUCAGCAUGUUGGUCUUUUGCAGUGUGUGGUUGUCCUUUGUUCCAACCUACCUGAGCACAAGAGGGAAAUACAUGGUGGCUGUGGAGAUCUUCUCCAUCUUAGCCUCCAGUGCUGGGUUACUGGGCUGCAUCUUUGCCCCUAAAUGCUACAUCAUUGUGUUUAGGCCCCAACAGAACAAGAGAGAACAACUAAUUAGGAGAAUAUUUUAA